AUAAAAAAUUAUUAAAGUCUAAUGAAAACGCUUCUUGCGUUCCAAUUUCACAUAUUAAAUUAUGCAGUCUGGUCGCAUGGCCUUGCUUUGUAAUGUUUGUUCAUGUAUGCCCAGAUUUUGAUAUUUGACUCCACGUUCAACAUCCUGCUAGUUUCUCCCGCAUUGGAUUUGCUGACGUGUCGGCCUCGUCUGCUCAUGCUCGAGCAGAACCAGCCAGCCCAACUGCCGACAUGGCUGUGAAUUUUGCUCAUGUAUACUUUUUUAUUUUAUUUAUUCAGAACUUACUAACAAAAGCCGCAGCCGAAAAGAGAUUCUCUGACUUUAAAAGAUGUGCGGACGAGGAAUGCAGUAUGCUCCUGUGUCGGGGGAAAGCAUCAAAUGAUUUCGUGGGACCAGACUGUCGGUUCCUGUCUUUUAAAAAAGGAGAAACAAUUUAUGUCUACUAUAAACUCUCAGGCAGAAGGACUGAUAUAUGGGCGGGGAGUGUUGGGAACCGCUUUGGGUACUUUCAUAAGGACCUGCUUGCAAUCAAUCACAUAUACACUGAUAAAGAAUUGGAGAUUCCUGCAGAGGAAACCGACUUUGUUUGUUUUGACACUGGAUACGAUAAGUUUGACAAUUAUGACAUUGAUUCAUUGUUAGUCUCCUCCUUGUUGUUAAGUGACCUCGAAGAAUCUGUGAAAGAAAGUGUGGAGACAUUAGAUCUAAUCCAAAGUUCUGUGAGCUCCACAGUGGAUACGGAAGUGACUCUAUUAGAAAAAAAGGAGAUUGAUAGUGCAGUUCUUGAAGACAUUAAAGAGGUUGUUUCAGAUCAGGUUUCAGUGGUUGUUCCAGAUCAGGUUUCAGCGGUUGUUCCAGAUCAGGUUUCAGCGGUUGUUCCAGAUCAGGUUUCAGCGGUUGUUCCAGAUCAGGUUUCAGCGGUUGUGCCUGAUCCGGAUUCUGAGGUUGCGCCUGAUCCGGAUUCUGAGGUUGCGCCUGAUCCGGAUUCUGAGGUUGCGCCUGAUCCGGAUUCUGAGGUUGCGCCUGAUCCGGAUUCUGAGGUUGCGCCUGAUCCGGAUUCUGAGGUUGCGCCUGAUCCGGAUUCUGAGGUUGCGCCUGAUCCGGAUUCUGAGGUUGCGCCUGAUCCGGAUUCUGAGGUUGAGUCCUCUCAUCCUGAAACCAUUCUAGAAACUCUUGAUACAGUAGAUGAUUCCAGCCUAGUAGAUGAUUCUGGCCCGGUAGUUAGAUCCAGUACAGUAGAUGAUUCUGGCCCGGUAGUUAGAUCUGGCUCAGUAGAUGAUUCCGGCCCGGUAGUUGGACCCGGCUCAGUAGAUGAUUCCGGCCCGGUAGUUGGACCCGGCUCAGUAGAUGAUUCGGGCCCGGUAGUUGGACCCGGCUCAUUAGAUGAUUCCGGCCCGGUAGUUGGACCCGGCUCAGUAGAUGAUUCCGGCCCGGUAGUUGGACCCGGCUCAGUAGAUGAUUCCGGCCCGGUAGUUGGACCCGGCUCAGUAGAUGAUUCCGGCCCGGUAGUUGGACCCGGCUCAGUAGAUGAUUCCGGCCCGGUAGUUGGACCCGGCUCAGUAGAUGAUUCCGGCCCGGUAGUUGGAUCCGGUUCAGUAGAUGAUUCCGGCCUGGUAGUUGGAUCCGGUUCAGUAGUUGAUCCCAGAGCUGAGGAGUUGAUGGAUGAACUUCAGAAAGAAAAGCAGAAGACAGAGCCUCCUGUGCCAGCCAGUGUUGUUGAUCCAGAGAAAGGUGAUACCAAAGAAAGCCUUUCAGAACCUCUGUCUGUGGAUCCUGUGUUGGAUAAUGCAGCAGAUAUUAUUUCAGAAGGCAGAAUUUUGCCUAAAUUGAAGACUACUCUCGGAGCAACUUUUGAUGCUGUCACCACUGAUGACGAGGACACAUGGAAGGUGACUCCAUAUGAUGAAGAAGACAAGAAAAGUACAGAGUUUGAUUAUCAACAGGAUAAGGACAGUGAUUAUCAUCUUAGGGAAACUCCAUUGCUGGCUUUUUCUGAAGAACGUUCUAAUUUAAAACAAAAGAUAACUCCAGAUUCUGAUCAGGAAGAUGGUUCAUCAGAAAUUGCUGACCAGAACUCCAACGACAAGAACAUGUGGUCUUCAUUUGGUGAUACAGUUUUUAAAAUUGUCAGUGGAGGAGAAAGAACACCUCAUGUUCCUGGUUCAGAGGAAGAGGAUGAUGAGGAUGAGGACGAAGAAGGAAAAAUUACAACAGAAAAUCUUCCAAAAAUUGAAAAAUCGAAAGAGAAUAUACAGCUUCUAACCAACGACCCAGAAAAGGAGCCAGAGGAAACAGAGCAGUUAGUCAUUGAGAAACCUGUAGAUGUAAAUUUUGGGGAGGGGGCUUUGAAGGCGUCUGACAAGGAAUCUCAGAUGUUACUGUUUGAGGAGGAGUCGGAAGAGGAGGACAUUAAACCUUCAACACCACCUGCUGAUGAGGUCAUUCCUUUUGAAAAUACGGAGGAAGCUUCAGUAGAAAAACUAAGUUUGAAUGACAACCCAGUACCUAAACAGCUCACACAAACUGAAAUUCUCUCAGACUUUGAUAGUAAUGCUAAGGAAGUUGAUCAGAAAUCAGUUGUUGAAGAACUCCCCAUAAAGGAAAAGGCAUCAAGGGAUUUCUCACAAGUAGAGAAUAAAUUGAAGCUAGGUGACACAAUGCUUUCCAGGCAAUUUAAAGAACUUAAGGCCCCGGAUCAAACUGAAAACACAGAGAGCCAUCAAGGACUCCCCAUAGAGGAAGAGGAGGGGGAUGUCAUAGAUGAUAUGGAGAAUGAGGAAGAGUUGUUAGAAGAUGAAAAUGCAGCAUUGUCUGCAUCCAUUGAUGAUAAGUACAAAGAAAGUACAUCUGAAUACGAGUCGGAGCAACCCAGCCGUGAUAACGAAGUUUUAUUUAGCGAUGAAGCCAAGGAGGCUCAUGACAUAGUACCUGAAGAUUAUGACACAGACAAAUAUUUAGAAAGCACAAGCUUGGAUCAAAGCCUCACACCCCCACUAGAAGGCAAAGUUUGGGAUCCCGUUCCAGAGCCGGAGUACAGCGAUGACGUUCUGAGGCUGACUCUGCUGCGUGACCACUUCAGCGAAGACAAAAUGGAGAGCUUGCAGAAGAUUCUGGGCCUUCAGCACCUGUUCAGGCUGGAGUUCCUGUUCUCUGACUUGGAGCAGGAACUGAAGGCUGCCCGGCUAUCACAGACCAACACCAGUGAGGACAUUGAUAAGGCAUUGGAGGCCAUUCUGGAAGCCUCCGAGACCCCCAUCUUGGACGAGGUUGAGAGGAUGCUGGACACCCGGGACAAUGCAGACCAGCAGGUGGAGGCCGGCGAGUUUGACGAGGAAGCAGCCGUUUUGGACGACUUCCAAGAGUUGGCGUUCACCCUACGUCAGAAGUAUUCAGCAGCCAGUGACAGUGCUCCCUUGGCAGCAGGCAGGGAACAAGGCCGACACCCUGACACAGAGAAGGGCAUGCCUGAUGACUUGGGGGAGGAAAAGUCGUUCCCGCUUCUUCCAGAGGACAAUGAUGAGGAAAACAUCACUGUGACAGAGACGCGUGAAGAAACUAAAGCACCAGAGGAGAAGCCUGACCAUGAUGAAGGCCUCAGCAGACCAGAUAUGGGCUUUGAAGAGGAUGUGGGGCAUUUUAACCGAAACAAAGACAAUCAACCAAGCUUUAAAACUCCAGAAGAAAUUCAGAGAGGCCCUCAACCUAUUUUGGAAAAUACAUUAGACGUGGGACUUGUUGAUAUGGAGAACCCUUCUGCCAGAUUUCCAGAGACGCCUCCUGUUUCUGAUUUCCAUGAAGAAGAGCAGAGUGGUUCAUCAUUCUCUUCAGUAAUAAUAUUCUCUGGUAGUGUCCUCGCGCUAGUUUAUGAAUACCUUGGAAUAUAUGCUGUUACGAUGAUUCAGUGUCUGCCGGAGGAAUGGAAGCCCGGUCCAGACUUCUACGGGGUGUCCUGGGAGCCCGUGGUGGUCACCGCCUGUGCCGGGUUGGUCGGCUUUCUCUUCCUCUUCUGGAGGAGUGUUCUUUCUGUCAAGAGCAAGUCAUAUCUAACUUCUGAAAAAGAAAUGAUUGACAAAAUGAGGAAUCUUGAACAAGAGAAGAAGGAGAUACUUCAAAAGGUUGCUGAACUGCAGCAACAGGGCGAAGAACUCAAAGAACAGCAAGAGCUGUCUGAGAAAUCUUCCAGCUCAUCCCUUCAGAAGAUCCGGGAACUAGAGAGUCUGGUACAAGAGAUGGAGAGACAAAAUGAGCGCCUGAAAGAGGAGAAGAACUUGCUCUCCAAAAACUUUGAUGAAGAGCGAACCAACGCUGCCAAACAUGAAGACCAGAUAUCCGAAAUGGACAAAACCAUUGAGAAGUUGAAGCACAGCAGGAAGAAGACACAGGAUGCCCUGUUGAAGGCGACUGUUCGGAUUGACGAGGCCAAGCUGCGCGAGGAUGCGCGAAGCAUUCAGCACCAGGUCCUGGAGAAGGACAUCACCUGUCUGAGGGAGGAGAACCAAUCACUGCAACGUGCUGCCAAGUCCUGGGAGGAGAAGCACAGGGAGAUGAGUGAGCAGAUCAGGGCUUACCAGAAGUCCCAGAAAGAGCUGGAGGACUCAGUGGCUCAGAAGGACCACAACAUAGAGGUUUUGUCUGACCUCCUAGGAGACCUGGAGGCCUGCGAUGACCUAAAAGGAGGCGUUUCCAAUGGCGACGCAUCCAAUGACAAGCAGGCCGUCAUCCGAAACCGUGUCAAGCAAAUGAUGGAUGUCUCAAGGGUCCAGACCACUCUGUCUGUAGUGGAAGAGGAGCGCGAUCGCUUCAUGACCAAGCUGCUCAAUGAAGAGAAGGCCCGGAAACAGCUGGAAGAACAAUACCAGAAGCUUGAGCACGAGAUCUUGGUGGUGAAAGGUAGCAAAAACCACCUGGAGAACCAGUACAAGACCUUGCAACAGAAGAACGAGAUCAUGACUGAGAUGUACCAGCAGAAGGAGAAUGCUCUGCAGCAGAAGCUCACAAAGGAGGAGUUUGAGCGGCGCAACAAGGAGGUCAUGCUGACGGAGGUGGACGGUAAAGCCAUGGAGGCUGAGGAGGAACUCAAGGUGUGCCGGAGGCGCAUCAAGGAGAUCCAGGAAGAGCUGAAACAGACGGAGAAGUCCUACAAAGCCCAGAUCAUUGAACAGGAGCAGAAAUCACACGAGAACUGGGUGAUGGCACGGGCUGCAGAGCGCGCUCUGUUGGAUGAGAAGAAGGAAACCACUAACCUCCGCAACAGACUGACAGAGAUGUCCAGCAAGCUGAAUGAGCUCCGCAGGCCUCUGUUCAAGCCCACACCUGGAAUGGCUUCCAUGCCCCUCCGAAGAGGUGAUUCGUACGGGCCCUCGCCCGUCAGCGGAGGUGCCCCGUCCCCCCCUCUCAUGAUCGAAGGUCCUGGCCGCCCCCCGUCAGCCCCUGUUGGGCGGAGGAAUGAGCCCUAUGGACCGCGGCCUCCGUCUGACCCCCACGGCCGUUACCUCCCUGACCACAACCACCCUGUGGCGGCUAGACCUGACCCCAGUGGCCCACGGACGUCCUCUCCAAGCAAUCUGGACGGCUCGGUGAGCAUUCCUUUAGAGGCAACGUCCCAAUCCAAGGCACAGGCCUCCUCUGAGAACCCAGAGGCAAACUCUGGACCUCAGGGCCCAGUCCCCAUGCUGGUGUCCCCCAUCAGCUCCGGCCUCGUCAGACCGCUCCUCAGGCCUCCCUCCGGGCCGGGCUACCGUCCUCCCCCCGGCCCCGGGCCCCACCUGCCACCCCCGCCACCCUUCAUGUACAGACAGCCCAACGGACCCCCAGGCAUGAUGCUCCCCGGAGCCCCGCCCCCUAACGGACACCCUCCUGGUCCCAUGAUGCCGCUGGGGCAGCGGCCUCCACCCCUCGGUGUCUAUGGACCCCCUCCUCCUCAGUACGGACCCAUGCCUCCCCCAUUUGGAGUGCGUGGUGGCCCCUUGAUGCCCCGCCCUACGGGACCCCCGCGACCCUACAGCCAGUAUGGACCACGCGACCACUCCAUCCCACCCCAGAACCUACCCCCUGGAACGGGCCCGUACCCUCCCCAGGGCAGCCCCAGAGACCUCCCUGGGCCGCCCCCACAGGGGCAUGACUUUUCGGCCGACCCCCGGGGUCAGGGGCAUGACUACAGCUCCCAGCAGCCCCCCCAGGGUCAGGGGCAAGACUACAGCUCCCAGCAGCCCCCCCAGGGUCAGGGGCAAGACUACAGCUCCCAGCAGCCCCCCCAGGGUCAGGGGCAAGGCUACAGCUCCCAGCAGCCCCCCCAGGGUCAGGGGCAAGACUACAGCUCCCAGCAGCCCCCCCAGGGUCAGGGGCAAGGCUACAGCUCCCAGCAGCCCCCCCAGGCCCAGGACUCUGACAACCGCAGCAUGACCGAGCCUUAGAUACCUGCAGACGUGUACCCCACCCCCCCCCCCCAGCCCCACCUAAUCUACAGUGAUGUCUUCUUAUUCCCCUUACCUGUAGAUGUAAUCUGGCUGAAAAAAGGAUGUUGUUCGCAAACGACCGAAAUGUUUGAAAAGCUAGGUUCACUAUUAAAGUGUCAUAGGAUCAAUGUCUUAAAUUCUGUGUCUGAAACGUGUGUGUGUGUUUUGUGUGAGUGUGUGAGUGAGUGUGUGUGUGUCUCUGAAACGUGUGUAUGUAUAUAUGACUGUCUUGAAGAAGCAUAGUAGCUGAGGCUGUCAGACUGCAAGGCCUACUGUGCAAUAACAAUUUUUAUUGUAUGCCUGAGGAUUUUCAGCUUUUGUUUUUUAAGGUUUGAUGAUAAUGUAUUUGGAGAGACUACCACAUUGAUUUUUGUAUUGAUUUCGCAAUGUUACCUUGGUUUCCUGUGGAAAUUAUUUAAAAUAAAGGGGUGGGUGGGGAUAGAGUAUUGGGGUUGCUUGAUUGAUCAUUUCAAAACAUUAUCUUACCACUGUUCCUUAAUCUGUCAUUAUAGCUGAAGGAAACUGUGUACAUUGAAGGUCAGAUGUAACUUAUUUUACUAUGUUCUUAGAGGAUUUUAUUAAUAAAGCUGGUACAAAGAUAAUGCAUUAUAAUAUCAAUAGUUGAUGUAGGACAAGACAGGAGACCCAUUUAGUUUAAAUGUUUUGACAUUUGCUUAAUGUUUUUCUGGUGUGGGCAUAUUACGUGUCUAAAGCCAUGUAGAUCUAGUGCCAGUCUUUAAAUGUUUGUCACUUUAGGUUUUUACUUUAAAUUUCAGGGAUAUAUUACAACUUUAAAUUUUUAUCAAUAAUGAACAAACCUGCCCUAUUUCGUGCAUGUGAUUAAAUACAACAAUUGCAUUACAUUUUAUAUCACAGCGUUUUGAGAAUGUAUGCCCCUGUGGGAAAUCUAUUUUUAACACUGAAGGUCACAGACUUUUGUACCGACAGCCACGAUUGCGGCAAUUUGAACACUUGACUGUUUAUGAAUGGCGUGUCCAGGAUGUUUUGCAGUAUUCACAGGUCAUAUGAACAUCUGUAGUUUUCAUCUGCUCUCUCUGUCUGUGAUGUAGAAAAUAACGUGGCUCUGUGUUAAGGACAGUAAGAGCGUUCUAGGCUUUGAUGAUAGUCUGGUCUGACGUUAUCCCCUGAUCUUCAACGACAGCGCAGGUUUAAUAAACAAGGGUUGCCCUCCCAUUUUUCACAUUG